AAAACACAAAGUACCGCCAGGCAGAUAAAGUAACAAUUUCUUUAGAAAAUAACAUAAACAUUAAUUAAGAAUUAAUACUAGCGUUUAUACAAAAUGACUUCUAUAAUAAAACUUCAUACAAUAUCGGGGGCUAUGGAUGAAACGCCACCAUGUUAUAUAUUGCAAAUUGACGAAGUGCGAAUACUCCUUGAUUGCGGUUGGGAUGAAAAAUUCGAUCCCAACCUUAUAAAGGAAUUAAAAAGGCAUGUGCACACUAUCGACGCUGUGCUACUAUCGCACCCUGACGUUUAUCACUUAGGUGCGUUGCCCUACUUGGUCGGCAAACUUGGCAUGAAUUGCCCGAUCUAUGCAACAAUACCUGUUUAUAAAAUGGGACAAAUGUUUAUGUACGAUUUAUAUAUGUCGCAUUAUAAUAUGUACGAUUUUGAUUUAUUUUCACUUGACGACGUCGACGCCGCAUUCGAUAAAAUCAUUCAACUUAAGUACAAUCAAACAGUUUCGCUUAAAGGUAAAGGCUAUGGUAUUACUGUAACGCCACUUCCCGCAGGGCACAUGAUAGGUGGCACUAUCUGGAAAAUCCUUAAAGUGGGUGAAGAAGACAUUGUAUAUGCCACAGAUUUCAAUCAUAAAAAAGAGCGUCACCUAAAUGGUUGUGAACUGGAGCGCCUCCAGCGACCUUCACUACUUAUAACAGACGCUUUUAACGCACAAUAUCAGCAGGCACGUCGUCGUGCACGCGAUGAAAAACUUAUGACAAAUAUUCUACAAACGGUGCGCAACAAUGGCAAUGUUUUGAUUGCGGUGGAUACAGCAGGGCGUGUGCUGGAGUUGGCGCAUAUGCUUGAUCAACUGUGGAAAAAUAAAGAAUCUGGCCUGAUGGCCUACUCAUUGGCUAUGUUGAAUAACGUCAGUUAUAAUGUAAUUGAAUUUGCAAAAUCCCAAAUUGAAUGGAUGAGCGACAAGCUGAUGAAAUCAUUUGAGGGUGCGCGAAAUAAUCCCUUUCAAUUCCGUCACAUGCAACUGUGCCAUAAUUUAGCUGAGCUGGCAAAGAUGUCCAGCCCAAAAGUUGUGCUGGCCAGCACACCCGAUUUGGAAAGUGGCUUCACACGCGAAUUGUUCGUGCAAUGGGCGGCAAACCCUUUGAACAGUAUAAUAAUUACAUCCAGGACAUCGCAAGGUACAUUAGCAAUGGACUUGGUAGAGAAUACUUCACCGGGCAGAAAACUGGAACUGGAUGUACGUCGACGUGUAGAACUGGAGGGUGCUGAGUUGGAAGAAUACCUGCGCACACAAGGUGAAAAGCUAAACCGUUUGAUUGUUAAGCAGGAUGUAGAAGAAGAAAGCAGCUCGGAUUCGGAUGAUGACAUCGAAAUGAGCGUUAUCACCGGCAAGCAUGACAUAGUUGUGCGGCCGGAAGGCCGUCAUCACACUGGUUUCUUCAAAUCGAACAAAAAGCACUAUGCCAUGUUUCCCUUCCAUGAAGAAAAGAUCAAGUGUGACGAAUAUGGUGAAAUUAUCAAUUUAGACGAUUACCGCAUUUCGGAAUUGGGGUUUGAAACUGCGAUCGAUGAAAAUAAGGAAAAUAUCAAAAAAGAAGAACCGAAAGAGAGUAAAACGAACACAAAUGAUGUUCAGUUGUUGGAGAAACCCACCAAAUGCACCAGUCAGCGGAAAACAAUCGAAAUUAAUGCACAAAUUCAGCGAAUCGACUUUGAAGGACGUUCGGAUGGUGAAUCGAUGCUUAAGAUAUUGUCACAAUUGCGUCCCAGACGUGUCAUUGUAGUACACGGCUCAGAGGAGGCCACCAGUGUUGUUGCCAAACACUGCCAACAAAAUAUUGGAGCAAGAGUUUUUACGCCACAAAAGGGUGAAACCAUUGAUGCCACAACCGAGUCGCAUAUCUACCAGGUGCGUUUGACGGAAGGUCUUGUGGCGCAGCUGCAAUUCCAAAAGGGUAAAGAUGCCGAGGUGGCCUGGGUGGAUGCUCGUAUUGGGGUGCGUACGCAGGCUAUAGAUUCGAGAGCAACGCACGACGGCGACAUGGAAGUCGAGGUAUCGGAGGAUAAGACUCUCACACUUGAAACGCUCGAAACCGACGACAUACCUGUGCACAACGCUGUGUUAAUUAACGAACUCAAACUAUCAGACUUCAAGCAAGUGCUGAUGCGCAACAAUAUCAGUUCGGAGUUUUCCGGAGGUGUAUUAUGGUGUGCAAAUGGCACGCUGGCUCUGCGGCGCAUGGAUGCGGGUAAAGUGACUAUGGAGGGUUGUGUAUCAGAGGAGUACUAUAAAAUUAGGGAACUGCUUUAUGAGCAAUACGCCAUUGUAUAGUUAUUUAUAAUAUGGUUACGUAUAAAAAUAUUAAAUUUUGUAUUAAAUGAGUAAAAAAAAAAACAAA